AUGCAAAUUCAAGACAAAACCACUUUACUUAAGAUAUUUGAUGAACAAGAAUCUAUUUUAAAAGAAUUGUUUAGUGUUACAAGUCAUUCACUUUCAAUACCUGAUGGAACUUUGGGUACACAUAGGUAUUGGAGUAAUGAUGAACAUACUAGAUUUAUGGUUUGCCUUUGUUUUCUCAAUGCAACUGCUUGUAAAGGACUUCCUGUUUUAAAAAUAUCCAAAUACGUAAAGACUAGAACAUCAGUACAAGUACGAACUCACGCCCAGAAAUAUUUCUCAGAUAAAAGGAAAAUUCAUCAUACAGACCCUUUUAUAAUUAGUUCUAUGAGAGCUGAUAUUGAGACAUUGCGAAAAAUCUUUGGGAGAGAAAAACCUGUUAUGAUAUACCGAUCUUUGUGA